GUUAUGCAUGGUGGAUUGUUUGAACGUGAUAAUGUUACAUUAGAUGAAAUAAGGAAAGUUUCUCGAGAUCGUCAACCUGAUGAAGGCACUAUAAUGUGUGACUUAUUGUGGUCUGAUCCAAUGGAAGCUGAAGGUCGAACUCAUUCUAAACGUGGAGUCGGUUGUCAGUUUGGUCCCGAUAUCACUGAAAAGUUCUGUAAGCAGAAUGGUCUAGACUAUAUUAUUAGAAGUCAUGAG